AGGCAAGGCUCCCGGUCUGUAUAAAAUGCCAGCCGGUCAGAGACACCCCACUAGACCCAAGAGGCUGACAACUUGAACUCUUCUCUGUGCCAGGUCCAGUCUCCUCUGAAGCAUGAGUUCCUACCAGCAGAAGCAGACCGUCAUCCCACCCCCCCAGCUUCAGCAGCACCAGGUGAAACAGCCCUCCCAGCCUCCUCCCCAGGAACCAUGUGUCCCCAAUACCAAGGAGCCAGGCCACACCAAGGUGCCACAACCUGGCAACACCAAGAAUCCGGAGCCAUGCCACCCCAAGCAUCCUGAACCAAGCAAGCCUACGUUUCCUGAGCAGGGUCACACCAAGGUCCCUGAGCCAGUCCACCCUAAAGUCCCUCAGCUUAACCAGUCGAAGACUCCUGAACCAUAUCCCUCCGUGGUCAUCCCAGGUCCAGCCCAGCAGAAGACCAAGCAGAAGUAAAGUGGUCCACAGCUACACCCCUGAGGAGCUGACCCCCGGGUGCCGAACGCCACCCCAUCUGCUUCUGUGUCUUCAUUGCCUGUAGGCUUUGUAAUCUGUAUGUUCUCACCCUGUCGUAUUUGCAUCUAAAAAUAUAUGCUAUGAAGCUUUUGCUUGCACAAACUCUGGAGGUCCCCUGAGCCUCUAAAUUAAGGAGGGGUCUUAAUGGUUAUGUUGGUCUUCAGCUGAUCAGGGUUCAUCCGAAGAGGGAAUCUGGAUGGGAAGAAA